AUGGAAAAUUUGGAGGAAGAUGUAAAGUUUAUUGUGGAUGAGACAUUGGAUUUUGGAGGACUGUCACCAUCUGAUAGUCGUGAGGAGGAAGAUGUAGCUGUGUUGGUGACUCCAGAGAAACCACUCCGACGGGGCCUCUCCCACCGAAGCGAUCCAAAUGCAGUGAGCACCGCCCUCCAGGGUCCAAGGUUCAGCCUAGGCCCCCUCAGCCCAGAGAAGCUGGAGGAGAUCCUCCAUGAAGCCAAUCAGCUGGCAGCUCGGCUGGAGCAGUGUGCCCUACAGGAGCGGGAGAGCGCAAGCGAGGGCCCAGCGCCUCGCCAGGUGAAGCCCAGCCCUCGGCGGGAAACGUUUGUAUUGAAGGACAGUCCUGUCCGAGAUCUGUUGCCCACUGUGAGCCCCUUAGCUCGGAGUACUCCCUCCCCAAGUAGCCUGACACCCCGACUCCGGAGCAGCGAUAGAAAAGGAUCAGUCAAGGCUCUUCGGACAACAUCUGGAAAAAGGCCUGUCAGCAUGAAGCGGGAAUCGCCCACUUGCAAUCUGUUCCCUGCAUCAAAAAGCCCAGCAUCUUCUCCCCUUGCCCGAUCAGCUCCUCCAAUCCGAUCAGCUCCUCCAAACCAGGGGAAAGCUGGGUCCAGUGGGAGAGGAGUAGCAGGCCCGGCUGCCUCUGCUAGACCAGUCCUGGCCCCACAGCCUUCUAGCAGCAACUCUCAGCGCCUGUCCCGGCCACAGGGUGCAGCUGCUAAACCUUCAAGUCGACUCCCCAUCCCCACAGCCCUCCCCAGGCCUGCUGGCCGAAUGCCACUCUCCAGCCGGAGCAUACUACCCGGCAGAGGUGGCCUACCUCCAGAUUCUCUGCCAAGUCGGAAAGGGCUUCCAAGACCAAGCACUGCAGGGCACAGAGUUCCUGUUUCCCAGCGAUCGAAUCUCCCUGUCACUAGUGCCACUCGUGGCAAUCUGCCACCCCCCAGGAAAGUUGCAGUCCCAGGACCUACCAGGUAA